CGGCCUGUCCCGUCCCGCAGCGCUGCGGCGAAGCCACGAGCGACAGGAGCGCAGCCACCGACCGCGCGCGGCAUGAACCGGGCACAGCGCGGCGCCGCGGGCAGCCGCGGCCUGGGCACCAUGGAGGUGAAGAGCAAGUUUGGAGCAGAAUUUCGACGGUUUUCUCUGGAGAGGUCCAAGCCUGGAAAGUUUGAGGAGUUCUAUGGAUUGUUGCAGCACGUGCACAAGAUACCAAAUGUUGAUGUGCUGGUGGGGUACACGGACAUUCAUGGGGACCUGCUGCCUAUCAAUAACGAUGACAAUUAUCAUAAAGCAGUUUCCACAGCCAAUCCUCUACUCAGGAUUUUCAUUCAGAGAAAAGAAGAUGCAGACUACAGUGCCUUUGGGACGGACACCAUGACCAGGAAGAAGAACGUCUUGUCCAACGUGCUCCGGCCGGAUAACCACAAGAAGAAGCCCCACAUUGUCAUUAGCAUGCCCCAGGACUUCAGGCCAGUGUCCUCCAUCAUAGACGUGGAUAUUCUCCCCGAAACCCACCGCAGGGUGCGGCUCUACAAGUACGGGACCGACAAACCCCUGGGGUUCUACAUCCGAGACGGCUCGAGCGUCAGGGUGACACCGCACGGCUUAGAGAAAGUGCCAGGGAUUUUCAUAUCCAGGCUUGUCCCUGGAGGGCUGGCUCAGAGCACAGGCUUGCUGGCUGUCAAUGAUGAGGUGCUGGAGGUGAAUGGAAUAGAGGUGUCGGGCAAAAGCCUCGAUCAAGUUACGGACAUGAUGAUUGCAAACAGCCGCAACCUGAUCAUCACGGUCAGACCCGCCAACCAGAGGAACAAUGUCGUGAGGAACAGUCGGACUUCGGGCAGCUCCAGCCAGUCCACUGAGUCCAGCCUUCCAAGCAGCACACCAAAUAUUCUGGGAAACCUCUUGCAAGGAGAAGAGGAGAGCGACGAAGAGGACAUUAUCAUUGAAGACAGUGGGGAGCCACAGCAGAUCCCAAAAGCUGCCCCUACCAGCGAAAGCAUAGAAUCAUUGUCACAAAUUGAACUCCUUCACGAGUCCACACAAAACGGAUUCCUGCCUUCCAGUGAGAUGAACUCCAAUCACUCAGCAGGCAGCAGUAGCAUGGAAUAUGACGUACCAGAUCCUGGGCGUAAGUCGUUGGAAGAAGAUGGAACCAUAAUAACACUAUGAAAUUCCAUUGGUGUACUUUGUGUUAAGUAAGGAUGCCAUACAUGUUUCAAUUGGGCUUAAUAUGUAAAACAUUUGAUACCUCUCCAUCUACCGAGCACUGCAGUUAGAUUAAAAGGAGGGAAAAAAGUAAAUACAAGAAAUUCAAAAUUAUGUAAGUUAACUAACUUCGUUAAUUCUGCACUUCAAUGUAAAUAAUUCACAAAGCUGGAAGAUAAUUGAUAAAUGGCUGAAAUUGGAUGAGGAAAAUUUAAAUUGAAAAUGAAGGAUAGCUAAGAGAUGCCUGUGAGCUUUCUUUUAAAGGUACUUGAUUUUUUUUUUUAUUAUUAUUUUUUAAUGUUGAAUACUACUGGUUCUAUAGAAGUAAACUUAAUUAUGUGUGAGGCUGACUAUCUAAUGUCCUGUGGUUUCAUGUUCAUGUGAAGUGCUACUUACGUGUGAUGGAGCUGCUUUAGCCACCUCACUCCUGCCCUGGGCUGCAGAGCUGCUUGUGGGGCUCUGUGCAGGAGGAAGCUGGAAGAUAAGCUGGAGGUGGGUGGGAAGAGCUGGAGGUGGCUGGGCUGUUCCCUGGCUGACACAGGGAGCACAGGGGUUUGGAGCUGGGGGCUUGGAGGGUGACUGUUCCUUUGUAGGUGAAUGUGCAACCACAGCCUCAGUUAGUCAUGCACCUUUCCUGGUUCUAAUGGCCAGGCAAGCUUACUUUUAAUGACUGAUUUUGAAAUUCAAAUGUGAAAAGUCUUAACACUAGUUGUAUCAAAGACCUGUUCUCAUUUUAGUUUGCAAUAUUUUACAGACAUCGUUGGAUUUAGUUGCUAAUCCCCAUAAAUUACAAAGAAAUCAAAUGUAAACUUAAUGCUAUGGAAAUAGCAUAACAUAAUCUCUGUUAAAAUUGCAGUCCUAGUGGAAGCUGUAAGGGUUUCUACUGGCAAAGGUUUGUUGUAGUGAGUCUGGAUGAUGUAAAAAGUGACUUUCUUCAAACCUGAACAAGUUAGAACAGCUUAAAUUAAAUCCCUGGAUUAAAAAAAGUCUUAAAUCAGAACGAGGCUUUACUACAACUUGUUUGAGCCAUGUGAUAUGAACUUACCCGUUAUAACGAACUGAACUGUAAAUGCAGAUCUUUGUGUGCCCCUGGCUGGGUGUUUGGGAUAUUCCAGAGCUGCUCUGUGCAACAACACUGACAAGCCCUGAUGCUGUGAGCACACAGGUGUGUGUGCAACCAGCUGCACUCACUGGGAUUCUUGCAGGGGAGGAUUCUAGCCUUGUUUUUCCCUUUCCCCUUUUUGUAUCUCCUGCUUUACCACUUUGGCACUCAGUUCCCUACCUGACUCUUCUCUGGGAACAUAAGUUGUGUCAGGAAAGUGAGAUGGGAAGUAAUGGGAUUGGGCAGGAGGAUGGCUGGAGCUUGUCCCCAGGGAUCCCAUAGGCUCUAAGUAGGAAGUACCAGUUCUGUCCUGUGGUCCUGUGCUCACCAGAGCUAGGAGUCAGGUUCCUGGGAGCAUGUUCUACCCUCUGGGAAGACAGGAUGAGUGGGAAGGGACACUAACCCCUUUCUUUUUUUCCUUCAGUCUAUCUUGAGGAAACAUCUACCUCUGGUAACUUUACUAACGGGAGACUAACUGUAAGUUUAAUGUUAAAGCGUCUGUAAAGGUCUUCAUAGACUAUCAGAGGCUAAAGCUGUAUUUGUUUAAGGUUUUUGUGACUGCUGCAGGAGCCCCUGCUGUUUGGUGUUAAAAAAUGCACAUUUGAAAUGGGUAUCUUGUGAGCAGGGGUGUUCUCAAACCUUGCCAAGAGAGGCAUCCAUGGCCCUUAGGAUUUAUGGAGGGUAGGCACAGCAGGCGCUGGUGCUCUGCAAAUACAGGUGAGGGUGCUCUGGCCUCACAGUUAUUUAUGGUGUCUUUGGUGUCUAUAAGGAGAGGCCCUGGAACCUUUUACAAGAGCAAGAACUUUGAAGUGUUUCACUUAUUUUGCUAAUAGUUAUUAAAAAUGAAGUAACUACACCCAGUUAGUGUGAAAUGAGGAAAAGAAAUGCUCAUUCUGCAACAAGUAGACUUUACCUGUAUGUGUUUUCUCUCAGUGCUGCUCUACACUUCCUUUCUUUAAGGAAGAUUGUUUACUUUAAAAUAUCUUUUUUUUUUUUUUUCCUUUAUCAAAAGACUUUCCUUCCUGUAUGAAAUCACCAGUGGAGGGUGAGGCUCAUUAUUCUGCUAGUUUGCACUUCUGUGCCUUUGGUUUACUUGAAUGUAUUGUGAAUAAUCAAAGGAAUAAAGGCACUUGGAUGGGAAGAGAUGAGGUCCACAGGUACAGAGAAUGAACUGGUAGCACACUUAAUGCAGGUGUAAUGCUUUCAUUCCAUGGAAAUCCCUUCUGGAGCUGAUGUCCAGGAGUGUUUUGCAGCUUGGAUCAUGGCUUGGGCUGAGUCUGGGAAUGCCCAGCUGGCAAGGGAACUGCUCAGCUCCCAGCCUGAGUCUGGUGUGUCAGCCAGGCUGUGCUUGGAGCAGGGGUGUGAAUAGUUGGAAUAUACAUGCCAGUAUUAAGGACUUGUAGAAAUUUAACUGGGGUCCUACUCUAAACUGCAUGAGAGUUCAUCCUUAGGACCUUUCCUGCAAACUGAUUAAUCUAAACGUGAGGUAAUAUUCUUUUUGACAUAUGUCAUGUUCUGUUUUACAGACAUUUGGUAACAUGUAGUAAAACUAAGCAUUUGGGACUUGAUAAAAACAUUAAAGAAUAAACCUAAAAAUGCUUUUUUUUUUUUUCAAGUGUGUAUUUACAGCUGCAAUGACAGACUGCACAGCAUGUAAUUGCUUAAUGCUGCAGUUACCACAAAGUUCCUAAAGUUCUUCCAUAUCUUACUAAUGCAUACACUGUUAAUUACAAAAGAUUUUUAAAUUGCUACUUCAGGAUGAUCAAUGGUUGAUUACGAGUGGCUAAACUUAAUUUUAUAUAUAAAUGAUACUGGGGUUCACUAUAAGGUUUUUUAAAAUAUGCUGAUAUUGUUAGCCUUUCAUUCACUACCUCCUAAAUUUUUAACAUCUUUACUGUUUUCUCCCUGGAAGACAAUACUUAAAGGCUUGACUGUUUUAUAUAGAUUUUAUCUUUAGCUAAAAAAAAAAAGAGGAAAAAAUCCAGAGGUGAUGGUGAGGAUGCUGCGCAUGAUUGACAAUAUUACGCUGCUAUUGAUGUAAUCUUUGUGUAUUGAGUAUCCUGUGUAUGUAAAUUGUAUUUUCAAUCCAGAUUUUAUAAAUUAAUUUAUAAGUAUCCAAAUUAUUUCAGAAUGGAAUGAAAAACUACAAUUCCUUUGACUAGUGUUAUAUGUUGUACAUACACAGUGGGGGGACAAGUCAUUCCUCCCUUGCAAUGGGAGAUCUAAGUGCACCUUAAUAGGAAGAAGAACAAAUUCUUAAUAGAAUUAAGAUGCAUUUACUUUGAAGUUCUGCUGUGGUACUGGAGAAGUCAAGCCUAACUGUGAAUCAUAUUUUUUUUUUUUCCACACCUGAGUUAAAUUUAGGACAAUGUUCUCACAAGCUGUCUUUAACAUGUGUAUUUUUGUGAAUAUUAUGUAUUUUCUAAUUAAAUUUUACUUGCAAUGUGAUUUUUACAUGAAUGAACUUGUUUAAAAUGUCAAAUAUCAGUAUUUUUCUUACAACUUUAAUGUAUAAUGUACAUUGGUAUCUCACUGAAUGAAGAUUGAUUUUACAAAAUCAAGCUAGAUGUAGUUGUAUAUUAGUCUUAUAUUUUUACAGACUGAAAUAAAUGGAUAUAGAAAUAAAAUGGGUUUUUUUCUCA